AUGUUGUUGAUGUUUCAGGCGGCUGAGCUGUACCAACAGUCAGCCGAGCAGGGCCACGGCAGAGCCCAGUACAACCUGGCCACCCUGUACCUGCACGGGGGAGGGGGGCUGCAGCAGGACACGGACAAGGCACUUGGUCUGCUGCAACAGGCAGCUGCACAGGGGGUCAUGCAGGCCCAGUCCUUCCUGGGUGUUUACUGGACCAUGGAGCCUCACAGAGACAUGUUCACAGCCAGCCAACACUUCACUAGUGCAGCACAGCAGAAGCACAUGAGUUCUCAGUACCAUCUGGGGGUUUGUUACGAGCGAGGCUGGGGUGUAGAGAGGGAUGUAACCAGAGCUGUGGAGCUGUACAUGUCUGCUGCCGCUGCCGGCCACACACAGGCAGCUCACAACCUCGCUGUGCUGCAGAGAGGUACGAUGGAGGGGGUGUGUGGUUAA